CAUUGGAAAUCCAUAUCAGAAACCUAUUUGACAGAGAAAAGCAAAGCACCAGCUGAAUCCAAAGAGAAGCCUGCCUUCCUUAACCAUGAAGAUAACUACUAUCGCUGUGAUCCUUUCCCUUGUGAGCUGUUGUUUCUUUCUAGGUACAGGGACUUCAGCAAAAAAGCUUGAUUGCAAAAAAUAUCAAGUACAUCAACAAGAUCAUCAUCAAAAAGCUCCAAUAAAUUGCAAAAGGAAAGGAGAGCCAGUCUGUGGAACUGAUGGCAAGACGUAUAUCAAUGAAUGUUUCCUUUGUACUGAAAUCCUAAAUGGAGCCAAAAUAGACCUUGCCCAUAAAGGAGAAUGCGUUGACUGCAGCAAGUUUCCACAACCACCAAAGGGCAAGGGGGCAGACUGCCCUAAUCAACAUGCACCUGUGUGUGGCACUGAUGGCAACACUUAUGGCCACAUAUGCAUCUUGUGUGCAAGAAUUCAGUCAUCUGGAAAAUUGAUUGGCAUAAAAAAAGAAGGGCCCUGCAAAUAA